AUGGCUCCACGCGGGAAGGCCACAUCGACUCGAGAGGCCCGCAAUCCCCUUGGCGCAAAAUCCAGCUCUAGGGGCGGCAUUCAAAAGCGAAGAGGUCCGACGAGAGUCGACACCGAUGGAGACCUCGAUAUGGACGGCCCUUCCAAGCGACCAAACAGAGGCCCUGCGAAUGAAGCAGCGGGCAGCAGAGGCAGGCCCUCAGGCAGAGGUCCCGCGCCAUCGAGAGGUGCUGCCAAGGUUGCUCAAAUCGUCAUGAAGCAGCUGGGCAAUGGUAGCUCCGACUUGGCUUCGCGAGUAUCAAGACCAACAAGAGGCAGGGGCGGCUACACCGAAGGGCUCACUUGGCUAAGGGUCCGUGGGCUCAAACAAAGCAAGGCGGCGUCUAACGCAGACGGGGGUCUCUCCGACCUGCUGAGCUUCAUGGAGAGGAAAGCCUCGUCUCUUCAAUCCGGACGGAAACGACAGGUUACGAUUCGAAAGUCACACAAAGCUGGAGAAUACGUUUUCGUUGGAGCGAACAAGGAGGACGCGGAGGAACUAGUCAAGCUCAACACUUUUACAUUCGCCGGCAUUCAGUUGGAAGUGGUGGAGUCGGAUGCAGAUUUUGAGCCGCCAAACAAGGCGACAGAGUCCCCGGAGACGGCAGAGCUACGCGCGAAGCUGCAGGCAAUCCUGAGUCAGCGCUACAACGGCGAAAGCAAACUGCUCAAGCUUGAUGCUCUAGCCACCGAUGCCGAGCUGGUCACACUCGGCAUGUUUGAAACCCGAGAGAGGGCCCUCAAAACCUUCAAGGGCCUCAUGGCAAUCUGCGACGGCCUCUUCAAAACCCUCCAAGAGAAGAAAGAUGCGAUUGAGAGCAUUAGCCUGGCCAAUAACAGCAUCGACAAUGUCAUUCAGGUUGAGUCUGUGGCAACAACAUUCCCGCAGCUCAAGAACCUCGACAUGAGCGGCAAUCUGAUCAGCAACAUGGAGGGACUUCAACGAUGGAAGGGCAAGUUCAAGGAGCUCGAUGCCAUCUACAUGACUGGCAAUCCGAUUGAGGGGACAGAUCCCAACUACACGGCGACUUUCCUGGAGUGGUUCCCCAAGCUACGGAGCAUCAACGGGAUUGAGCUCCGCACUGCGCAGCAAAUCGCCGAGCAGGAAGCGGCCCGUCUGCCCAAGCCGAUCCCACAGAGCGGACCCGACUUUCGAGACGUCAACGGCAUCGGCGAGCAAUUCCUGCUCGAGUUCUUCACGGCAUAUGACACCAACCGCGAGGCACUAAUCUCCAGGCUGUACGACGCCAGCAGUCAGUUCUCCCUUGCUGUAGAUGCCCAAUCUGUGAGGGAUCCGAACGGGCCGCCGCCGCUGCCCUGGGGCGCUUACAUCAAGUCUUCUCGCAACCUACUGAAGAUCAACACACACCACGCCAGAUCACAGCGCCUUUUCAAGGGGGCCCCGGCUAUCAACGACCUGUGGAAGGAACUCCCUAUGACGAAGCAUCCCAACAUGAAGGAUGAGCUGAGCAAGUACAUUAUGGACUGCCAUCCGCUGCCGGGGUUGGCAGACCCCACCGGGCAAAGCCAGUUUGGAGUCGACGGCUUGAUUCUUGCUGUUCACGGCGAGUUCGAGGAAUACGACCCGAAAUCGGGCACCACCGGCAAGCGAAGUUUCUCUCGCACGUUUGUGCUCGCGCCCGGCCUAUCCGGGACCGCUCAGAUCAGGGUCGUCAGCGACAUGCUCUCUCUGCGAGCAUACAGCGCCCUGCCGAAUGUGUUCGUUGCACCUUCACCAGCCCCCGCGGAUACGGCCAGCCAGCAUCAGGCUAUGGUUGCCGAACUGUCAAAGCAAACGGGCAUGGUGCCGCAAUACUCGGAGAUGUGCUUGUCGCAAGUCGAAUGGGACUUUGCCAGAGCCUUGGUCAUCUUCAAUGAGAAGAAGGCAGAGCUACCACCAGAGGCAUUCGUGUCGGCCCCUUAG